AUGCUCAACGUCCUCUUUCACUGCAGUUCUAGCAAGCAGAGCCGCUUUUUCAGCUCCCACAACGGCUCAACAAGCCUCGACAGACACCUCACAUUCUACGGCGCGACCGCGAAGUACAUCUCCAACGAAGCGAUUCCAAAAGACGGCCAGUCUGUUAAACCUGGUGCGACCCUCCAUAAGAUGGUUGACUUUGCCCUGGUCGUUCGACCCGAAAAGGAACUUCAGAAUCUCAUCGACACAUUCUUGGACAAGCAGCCGCACACAAUGGCUACGAUCAACCAAACUAUAUAUGAACCUCUCCGCACCCGACCAGCUCCUAUUUUCAUCGAGAUCAAGACCUCAUCUGGCAACAUGGACACUGCUAACGUUCAGCUUGGCGUCUGGGUCGCUGCGUAG